UUCGCUGCCAAAGCGCUGGGCGACGUCAGACUUGCUCGCGACCGAUAGUCUCAUUGCGCCCGCUUAGCUUCAAGUGACAGGGAAGAUGGACGACGACGUCCUGACAACUUUGAAAAUCCUCAUAAUUGGGGAAAGUGGCGUCGGGAAGUCCAGCCUUCUGUUGAGAUUCACAGACGAUACGUUUGAUCCUGAACUUGCAGCAACUAUUGGCGUUGACUUUAAAGUUAAAACGAUAUCGGUGGAUGGCAACAGGGCAAAGCUCGCUAUCUGGGACACUGCUGGUCAGGAGCGUUUCAGGACGUUGACUCCCAGUUACUAUCGCGGCGCCCAGGGAGUCAUUCUGGUGUACGACGUUACGAGGCGUGACACGUUUGCCAAACUCGAUAACUGGCUGAACGAGUUGGAGACAUACAGCACACGGAACGAUCUAGUGAAGAUGCUCGUAGGGAACAAAAUCGACAAGGAGAACCAUGAGGUAGACAGGAGUGAGGGCCUGAAGUUUGCGAGGAAGCAUUCCAUGCUUUUUAUAGAGGCCAGCGCCAAAACCCGGGAUGGCGUGCAGUGCGCGUUCGAGGAGUUGGUGGAGAAAAUCAUCCAGACUCCAGGGCUGUGGGAGAGCGAGGCGCAGGGCCGGGGGGUGCGGCUGUCCGACGAACAGCUGACAAGAGGCGGGAUGUGCGGAGGUUACUGCUCCAUGUUGUAAACAACAGCAAAAAAACAUAAAUGCAGAAAUACACAUUCGCGUAUACAAAAAGGAAGUGAUGAAAGUAUAAUUUGUACCUAUCUAAACGGCUCCUGGUCUGUCGCACCUGUCCUCCCCCAUACACCCACUGGCUGCCUCCUUCGGGACGGUGCUAUCAGCACAUUUCCUGGUAUCGUGGUGGCACUGUGUGUGACACUUCCUGCAGACCCGCACACCCUCCUCCCUUACCCAUACCUGUACUCGAAGUGCGCGUGACAAGCACCUUGUCUGCACUUUUUGGGAAGUCCCUAUAGUAACAUGGUGUGUGCAGGGAAGUGUCGGGGUAGGUGCUUGUCCAAGCCUAGCCAAGGGUGGCCAUUUUCAGCCCCUGAGAGUCCUAUAACCAUCCAAACUGAUGGCAGAGGUGAGUCUAUUCCUGUUCUUUUUUUUUUUUUUUUUUUUUAAGAAAACUUUUUAUCUUGUAUGCUUGAUGUCACUCUCUUGAUGUCCUUCCUGUGAAUGUGUCUGUUUUUCCUUCCCUAAAAUCCUGAAUGUUGGGACCUGGUUUGUUUAGGUAAGCACAGCUUAUUCUCUCCAAGAAUCCUGGAAUUGACCGCCGGCCUUUUCUAGCACAUUCUGUUCAGAAUUAUGCUUUAGGAAAGAGUAGUUGCAGAGGUUUUUUUUUUUUUUUUAAAAAUCCAUGAUGACAUGACCCAGUUACGUUAUGCACAACUAUCUGUUCACCUGAGCCAGCUAGCCAGUUGCAGGAAAUAUCCGUUUAAGAGACAUUUUGGACUGGUGUUUUACAGCUUUUAAUAAUGUCGGCCCACCACACAUAUUAAAACGUGUUUCAGAGGGUUUAUAAAUCAGCUUGGCGCAGGGCCUUAGUGUGGUAUGCAAAAUAGCGAUAAAAACGACAUGUCUCCUUUUAUUUUCCUUUUUCUGUAAUGAGCGCACACGUACUCCGCGUAGGCCGGUCCCCUCAGAAGGGCGUCAGCACACCGGGUUCAGAUCGCUGUUCUGUGUCUGUGGUAACUGGGAAAGUCGUUUAGGAAAUAAGGAUAUCGGAGAAACUCAUGGUCCCACGGGAAAGUGUUCAGUGCCAUUCUUGGAUUGAUAGGUGUCCACCUCUGUCACUAUUAUCUGAACCUAUAUUUAUCCUUUUGUGUGUGUGUGUGUGUGUUCCAUAUUCCUCUUUGCUUUUUGUUAACCUAUACCUAGCAUGGGGGUAAGACUGGUUAUUUGGGGGUGGGUAUGCUGUUCUGCACAGGAUUGUGUUAAAAUGCAUGCCUUAUUAAUUCAUUAUAUUGUUUGUUUUUCUUUCUUUCUGCAUGGGAUUUGUAUAAAAUAUUGUAUAAAAUAAAACACUAUAUGCCUUUUCAAUCCAUGUUCAGCAAUGAAGAAUAUUGGUGACUGUAUGUCCACCUUCUGUGUAUAACAGACCAAAAAUGACUUUUUAAAUUACCUUUUUGCGCGUCUAUGCCUGUUAACACGCUUCUGUGUCUUUAUGCUACGAAAUUACACAAUUCAUACUUUCUUUUAUGCAUCGUGACACUGUAUUCAUGUUUGAAAUCCUUGUUAUGUGUCAAUGAAAUCACAGUAUGCAACACCUUUCAAUGGACUCUAGGGCUGCUGUACUUAAGUUGCUGAACAUUAGUUUCUUGUAAAAUAAAGACUUGCCUAAAUACA